AUGGAGCCUGCCGAAGACCUCUGGGUGCAGUGCGACAACAAAGGCUGCAAGAAAUGGAGGCGGCUGCCGGUGGGCACCGUGAUUGAAGAUGAGGACGCGCCUUGGUUUUGUCAUAUGAACCCAGACCCAACACGCAAUUCUUGUAGUGACUCAGAGGAGAGCUAUCAUGAAGAAGAUUAUGGAGAAGUUGACAUGGGACAUGGCGAAGCAACGUCGUCACCGGGAAUGAAAGAACCAAAAAGGUCAAGUAAGAGCCAGAAGGCACUGAAAAAAUUGGGUGGAAACAAGAGGCGGAAAACUUCAGAGGAUUUGGCCAGGAAUCGGAGAACAAGUUCUCGAGAGAUUGGCAAGCAAGGAAAAGGGCAAAAUUGGCAGGAACCUCGCAUUGACAGGGAAACAUUGACAAUGGAGUUGAAGACCCGUGUCAAGAAUAUGUUCAAGAUCGCAAAAAAUCCAAGAACACCUGUGUCCAGGCCAGAUUGGGACAUAAUGGGCAUCCACGCUCCCAGGGUGACGGAUCUUGCAUGCAAAGCCGCGGACUGGGCAUCAGCAGCAAUUUAUUUUAAGAAGCCCAGCACCACCAGUGGUUUCCAAGAGAGGACAGCGUCUGCUUAUGACAAUGCUCUGAAAUUUUCUGCCAUAAUGGCAAGCCUCAAUGCCGUGCAGGCGCUCAAUGACGCCGGUGAGGUCCCAACACGAGCACCUGAAGACCUUGACGACGCCCUGGUCAUCCGGGGUGAACGUGGGUCUGCGGGGGGAGCUUGA